UAUGAAAUAUUUUAUGGAAGGAGGAGGUAUAAAAAAAUGGAGAACCCUAAGAUUGUUGGAGUAAUUAUUAAUAUGUUCACGAGAAAUGUCAUUUUAAGGAAAUUUCCCAAUCUGCCCCUACCCCUAUCCGGUUAUUUAAAUAAAUACCCCAUUCACCCCCAUCGGCUCCACACUUUUUUUUUUUGCAACACAGAGAAGAGAAGAAAGAGAGAUGAGAGAACUGAGGCCCUCAAACGACGUCGCAUCAGUACACUCCUCCUCCGACAACCUCAACCCCAACAACAACACAAUCUGGCAAUGGAAAUCUCCGAUUCCGUACGUUUUCGUGAGCCUCUCCGUCGCAUUCGCCGUAAUCCUCCUCGCAAUCGUCGUCCUCGUCUGCUCCCUCCACAAGCACCACCACCAGCAGCAGCAGCAGCCGUCCGGCGACGGCGGAGACAAAUCCGGCCGAUCGGCGCCGGACAAGGCCGCCGCUCCCAGUUUCAUCGUCGUCAUGGCCGGAGACGCCAAGCCGACGCACAUCGCGAUUCCCAUCCCUUCCUCACUCUCUCCUCAUCUCACUGAUGAAGAACAAGUCUUUAAUUAAUUACCGAGUAAUUAUUUUUGUUUUUUUGUUUUAAAAAAAUUUCUUCCUUUUGGACCGCCCGGGAAUGUAAUUAUAAGCGUAGAAAUAUGCUGAGUAGAUUUAAUAAUCUCUUUUUUUCUUUCUUUGAUUCUACAAUAACAUAUUAUAAACACAAUUUUGGGAUGACUUUCCUCUCUAAAUUAUUCUCCAGUUCUGAAUUUCAUUUCUAGUCAAUAAAACAGAGUCUUCCAUAAUCAAAAUCCAUUGGCUAUUUCAUAAGUUUAAUCUCACGAUUUCGAAUGAAUUUCUGAUGAAUCC